GAUUCCCACCCCAUGAAGCCUUCUCUUUGUCCCUCAAAACCAUCAUUCACCUAUAUAGCUUUCUCAUAGAUCUCUAUCACAUUCACAACCCACUUCAUAAGAUAAGAAACUCAAGGCCUCAAGGGCUUCAUAUUUCAUAUAGCUCUCACUCCCCAUUACCACCUGGCUUUGUGGCAAAUGAGGAAACCUUAUAUGAUGGGAAAAGACAAAAUGAACAACAACAUUAAGAGCAAGCUAAGGAAGGGAUUGUGGUCACCUGAGGAAGAUGAAAAACUCCUAAGGUACAUGAUCACUAAGGGACAAGGGUGUUGGAGUGACAUUGCUAGGAAUGCUGGCCUUCAAAGGUACGGCAAGAGUUGCCGGCUUCGUUGGAUUAACUACUUGAGACCUGAUCUCAAACGUGGUGCAUUUUCACCCCAAGAGGAAGAACUCAUCAUUCAUUUGCACUCUAUUCUUGGCAACAGAUGGUCUCAGAUUGCGGCACGUCUCCCUGGUCGCACAGACAAUGAGAUCAAGAAUUUCUGGAACUCCACUCUGAAGAAAAGGUUGAAAAUGAACAACAAUAUUAACGCCACUUCAUCACCAAACAACAGCUACUCAUCAUCAGAGCCUAGAGAUGUCAAUGUCAUGGGUGGGAUCAUGCCCAUGAACGAGCAUGACCUCAUGACCAUGUGCAUGGACUCCUCCUCAUCAACAUCAUCAUCAUGCAUGCAAUCCAUGCAUACAACCAACAUGGUACUAACUGACCAAUUUGAUCCCUUUCCCUUGUUGUCCAACAACCGUUACGACAUGACCGGCGCAACCGAUUUCCUUGACAACAUGGCUGCAUGCUUAACCCAAGUUGGCAUGGUAGAUCAUGAUCAUGGGGUUUUUCAUGAUGGUUAUGGGACAUUGGAGCCUAACAAAACGGGUUUAGAAAGUGACUUUUCCCUUCCUCCACUAGAAAGUAGAAGCAUUGACGACAAUAGUAGUACCCCAAUUGAUCAUGUGAAAAGCCAUAACAACAACAACCACUUCAAGAAUAGUUGCUUCAAUAACACUGAUCAUCACCAUCAUAUCCAAUGCUCCAACAACGUAGUUGUAGAGGAUUUGUUUGGGUUUGGAAAUCAUGGACAUGGAGAAAGCUUUAGAAUGGAAGAAUGGGACUUUGAGGGUUUGAUUCAAGAUAUUCCCUAUUUUUCUUCCCUUGAUUUCCAAGUUUAAGUAUGUGUUUGGAUCACGUUAUCGCAAUCGAUAAACGCUACAAUUUGUAGCUUCUGCAUUGACAUGACGCGUUGAUACAGUUUCAAACACACUUUAAAUGUUGGCCAUUCUUUUGAAUCCUUAUUCUUUCACCUCUCUUCGCUCUCUUCGCUCUCUCUCCCUCCUUUCAAUUUUCAAUUCCUUCAAAAGAAUUGUGCAAACGAGUGCAUCAAGGAUACUGGUUAAAGAAUCAACAAAUAAAAAUUUUCAUUUAAAAUUAUGAUAUAAACGCAUUAAAAAUUAUGUAAAAGUGGACUGAUAACAAUUUGUUUUUCACAAAUAUUUCUAAUGUAAUUUUUUAAACAGUACCUUAGAAAUACUUGUUUGCAGUCUCCCUCCAAAAUAUAAGCAAACACAAAGUCAAUACCUCUUGUUUCUUUAUCUUCUUGUUACUCAUUGUUUCGUCUUUUCUUGCUUUACAAAAAUUGUAACCUAAUUGUCAAUUGUGCAACUAAAAUUGCAGUGUUCACGUGUAUAGGGUGGGCAUGGGAUAUUUCUUGCGUUGUUUGUGCCCUGCCUGUUUCCUUGUGAAGUAUUUCAUGUCAUUUUUUCGGGAAUAUAGGUUGGUGUAAUAAUGUCAAAGAGAAAUGUGAAUAGUCAUCAUUUAGAAUGUCGAGCAAAAUAAAGCUCAGUUGAAAUAUUAUGUAGCAUUGUGUAUAACACACAAGGAAUAAAUGUGGAGUUGCAAGUUGUUAUUUAGUGCUAGAUAUUAUAGAUCUAGCAUACAAGAUGUAAAACACACUAAUAAGUAUCGACUUUGAAAUUCAUUCA